GGUGCCGGUCCCGGCACGGAGUCGCCGCUGAGCGCUGCGCCGCGGCCCGGCGUCCAGAGUUUCAAUGUUCUGACUUGCUCUAAGAUGAAGGUAUGGAAGUUUGCAGCCAUUGCAUCGAUGCUCCUCAGUUCCCUGUUAUCCAUUUUAGUUUGUAGAGACAUGCUCACCGGGAGCCGGAAAUACAGCCCCUCGCCUUCCUCGCCGGCCUCACGGGCAUCCUCCUCCUCGCUGCCGGUGGCGCCGCGGAGAUCCCCCCGGGCCCUGGACCGCCACAGCUCGCUGCUCUCUCAGUACGGCGCCUUGCUGGAGAGCUACACGGAGGGCGAGCUGCGGCGGCUGCUGGGUGCCCUGGCGCGGCGGCGCGGGCGAGCAGCCGGCUCGGGCGGGCGCCGGCGGCCGGAGCCGGCGGGCGGCCGGGCCAAGCGAGCGCGGGGCCGCCACAAGCCCUGCGGCCUGCGGCAGCUGGAGGUGAGCGUCAGCGAGCUGGGCCUGGGCUACGAGUCGGACGAGACGGUGCUGUUCCGCUACUGCAGCGGCAGCUGCGACGGCGCCGUGCGCAGCUACGACCUCUCCCUGCGCAGCAUGCGGGGCCGCCGGCGCAUCCGCCGCGAGAAGGUGCGCGCCCGGCCCUGCUGCCGGCCCCUGGCCUACGACGACGACGUCUCCUUCCUGGACGCCUACAACCACUACUACACCGUCAACGAGCUCUCGGCCAAGGAGUGCGGCUGCGUGUGACGGGCUGCCCCGCGCGGCGAGGCGCAGGUUGGCGGCGGCGGCGGCGGUGGUGGGGGGUGCCGGGCUCGUCCGCCGCGACCCGGCGCUUGGCACCGCGGCGGGGGCGAGAGGGCCGAAAAGCCCCGUCGUUGGCCCCGCGGGGCACCUCUCGCCGGGCCCCGGGGCGGAGGCAGAGCCACGCGAGCGCCUGUUCGUACCGUCGCGUCGCUGCGUUGCUGCUGGCGACGCCGUUUGCUCGUGCUGCGUAAAUGUAUGGGGAUCUCGAGAGGGUGUUGCACCCGUGCGGCGGGUGUUGCACACACAUGGGGUGUGUUGCACCCGUGCAGAGUGUGUUGCACACGUGUAGCAUGUGUUGCACCCGUGCAGAGUGUUUUGCACACACACACACGGUGCGUUGCACACACACGGGGUGUGUUGCACAUGUGCAGGCAGUUUCGCGCACACAUAUGGUGUGUUGCACAUGUGCAAGGCGUGUUGCACACGGACGGGGUGUGUUGCACCCGUGCAGGGUGUUUUGCACACACACACAUGGUGCGUUGCACACACACGGGCUGUGUUGCACGCGUGCAGGGUGUUUCGUGCACACAUAUGGUGUCUUGCACGCGUGCAGGGUGUUUUGCACACGUGCAGGGUGUUUUGAACACACAGGGUGGGCUGCACUCGUGCAGGGUGUUUCACACACACACAGGGUGUGUUGCACAUGUGCAGGGUGUUUCGCACACACAGAUGGUGUGUUGCACACGUGCAGGGUGUUUCGCACACGUGCAGGGUGUCUUGCACGCAGGGUGCAAGUUGCUUUGUGCAUGUCGCGCGCGCAGGGCGUGCUGCACGCGGGGCACGGUGUGUGCGCAGGGCGUGCUGCACACGUGCAGGCUGCGUUACACAGGCCACGGGCUCCCGCAGCUGCCCCGCGCUUGCCUUCGCCCCCGUUCCCAGCCGUGCAAGCAGAGCACGCCGCGCUGGCCUUGCAAACCGCCCCGGCGGCGGGGAUUUGGCACCCAAAUCCCCCGCGAUUCAGCAACGGCGGUGCCGCGGCCCGGUUGCAAAGCUGCUUUCGGGGGCCUCCCCGGCAUCGGCACCCAGCAGCGCGCUCGAAGCCGGGAAGCCGCCGGCAGAGGGAGGACCGGGGCCGGCAGCGCGAUGCCCGGAGGUGCCGGAGCGAGCGGCAGGGCUGCCGCGGCCCCGCUCCCUUCCCGCGCUGCCCUGCAGCAUUUCCAGCGCUGUCACUCGUGUUUACUCUGCGGGGAAAUAAAUGAGACCGCAGACUUUUGCAUUCUCCGGGCAGGCUAUAUUUGUCGCCUGGAAUUGAUGGGCUUUUUUUUUUUUUUCUCCCCCCCCUCCCUUUGGCUUCCUUCCCAGAAAAAGCAAAUCAUAAACAGAAGGAGAAUAGCGUUGGCGGGGCCUGGGCAUUCGCUGCCCCGGCGCAAAGCUCGCGGCUCGCCGCCCUCGUCCUCGCCGCGGCCCCCGGCUCGUGGCCCCGCUCGGCGGGUGGAAAUCCGGCUCAGGCUCCGCGCGGGAUGGGUGGUUUUGGGUGGCAAAGCCGAAAGCUGCAGCGAACGGCCACGUUUUUGCAGGGAAGCGGUGCGUGGCGGCGAGCAUCCCUCCGGGAGAGCCAGGAUGCGGGAGAGCUGAGGGUCGCCCCGCUCCCCGCCAUUGCCCGCAGCCGCCCUGGAGGUGUGAAAAACGGGAUGCAGGGAGCAAAAAGCCCCGGGACCCUCUGUGAGAGGACGGGAUUUUUUUUUUCCUCCGGGAUGAGCAGCCCCGGCUCGCUUUUCCAGCUCCGAGCACGGACAAAGCCGAUGCACGUUAUGGGGCACUGGGCAGUGAACCCUGUUGCCACCUGGUCCGAGCACCAGGACAAACCAGCAUCCCCCAGUUUAAACCAGUAACCCCAGCAUCUCCGGCACGGGGGUGCAGCCCCGGGGCCGCACUCGGCAGAUUUGCACCCGGUCGGACAACGCGACGGAGCAUCCCGUUACGGCCAUCUCAGAGUGGGGCUGAUGGGGAAAAACAUAUUUCGGCUUUGGCUUUUUUUGUUUUUUAAAGAAAAUAUGUCGACAGUGGCGAGAGCACCUGGCGCCUGUUUUCCAGCUGUGCUUUGGGGGCAACCCGUGGGAAAAUGGGGCGGAUUUGGGGAGCGAGCAUCACUGGGAUGGCGCAGCCCGGUUUGGGUGGAAAUAACGCAGAAAUGGCAAAGGAAAAGGGGCAGCAGCCGGGCGUACAUCAUCGCAGGGCGCUGUGCUCGCGGGAGAUAACCGGCUCGCCUUUGGGGGGAAAAAAAAAGCAAUCCAAAAAUCUAAUAAUAAUGAUAAUAAUAACUGCGCUCUCAAGGGCUUGGGUCCUUUCCAGUUCCGACUACUAUAAAACUAAAAUUAGUUUUGUUGCAGAAGGCUCCAGGGGAAAGGGGAAAAAAAAAGCAAAACCCAAGGCCGUAAAGCGGGGAAAGGCAUCGCAGAAGCCGGGGGCCGAGGAGGAGGAAGGGGAGGCCGAAGGCCCCGCUGGCGGGAGCAGCCAGGGAUUUGGGGUCGCCGGUUGGGUAUCCACGCCGGGAAGGGGGAGAAAAGCCUUGAUGAAAGCCCUGGCGGAUGCAGCGCUAUUUAAACAGCUCCAGAAAGUCGCCGGUGCAAAAUUCCCUCCCAGCCUUGGUUUAUCACGCCAGAUUAAUUUUUCCCCCCCCCGGGGAUGAAAACAGCUCGGCGAUCUGCCCUUAAUAAAGAGGACCUGCCACAUGGUUUCGUGCCGGGUUUAACGAGGCGUAGCCUUAAACUUGAGGCCCAACAUGCAAAAAAAAAAAAGAAAAAAAGAAAAAAGAAAAAAAAGGAAAAAAAAAAAAGGGGGGAAAGGCGAAGCGUUUCGGGAAGGCCGGCGGGAGCGGGGCCGGCCGUGGGAAACCACGUCCCUCCUGGUGUCGGCGGCUCUGCCCGGCCGACUGCAGAAGUGGAUGCAAUGCAUCUGUAUUUUAGAUACUCUCUAUUUAUUCGAAGAUAACUUAUGUUAUUUAUUUAGAUACCAUAGUGUGCCGUCUACAUAAUGCGUUCUUUCUCUCUCUCUUUUUUUUUGUUUUUUUUUAUUUAUUGAGCCAAAAGGUGCCAAGUGCAGUUUACAUUUAUUACCUGUUACCAUUUAUUCUGAACAUUUUUUGGGGGGAGGGGGGGAAAUGCAGUAUGAUACUAUUUUUUUUUAAAUGAACAUAAACUCGGGCGUGAUGCUGUUACAUACUCACGACAAGGUGGAAAUAAAAGGAGGAUUAUAGUGA